AUGAACGUGGCAGCCAAGGACGGCUCCCAGUCACCUGCAGAUCCAAGUGGCCCCGAUCGCGAUUCCGCCGAUGCCACUGAGCACUCAGAGCAGAUGGAUUCUAUCAGAGAUAAGACGAACGGUGACGGUAUGAAAAAUGAAAAUGGCCGAAAAGCUGCAAACGCAAAGGACCCCUCGCGACCGCGCCGGAAGAAGGCCCGGAGAGCGUGCUUUGCUUGCCAGCGAGCCCACUUGACAUGCGGUGACGAACGACCCUGUCAACGUUGUAUCAAGCGCGGCCUCCAGGACGCCUGCCAUGACGGUGUUCGCAAGAAGGCCAAGUAUCUCCACGACGCUCCCGACGGAGCAUUGAUGCCCAGUGUGGGAGGCAACUUUUAUAGCAACAGCAACAACGGCAAUGGAAUAACGAAUGGCUUGCCCACGAUGUCCCAAAAUGGUUCCUCGUCUACGCCGCAGCAACAAGCGCAACAGCAAACUCCAAGCACGACCAGUUUUUACCCCACGCCUCAGCCCCAGCCUCAGCCGCAGCCGGGAUCGUACAACGUGUAUCCAGACACCACUAUAAGCCAGAGCCCGUUCACCACCCAGUCCCCUGUAUCGCCAACGUUCAAUCUGAAAACCAGCACCAACGGUCGCAAUGCUAGCCUGCCCUCCACUGUGGGCCAGCAGCCCACGCCGAGCACGGCGCUCUCGGGGGAUCCCAGCCAAUCGCAGAAUCCAUUUGCAGGACCCUUCUUCGACCCCAGCGACCCGGCACUCUUCAAUUUCGACUUGUCUAGCAUGAAUUUCGAGAAUCGCUAUGGUGCUCUCGAAUUCGGCAUGCUCGGUCACAUGGCCACCGGUGCGGGUGAUUCACCGACCGACUCGGCAGGGCAGCGAGGGUCGAUCGGCCGCAGUGGGUCUGCUCAGUUCUCCACGCCAGCUCCUGGCUUUGGCGAAAGUCCGGGGAAUCAACAGCCAUUCUUGUUUGGGGACCCUUUGCUCAAUGAUUGGUCAGCUGGUCAAGCCUCGGGACAACAACCGCAUGUGAACGUCAGCGGCGUAUAUGGCCAGAAUGGCAUGUUGUCCGGCCACAUGAAACCAGAUGCGCCGCAUGCCUUUGCGAUUGAGAGCGGUCCAGCCAGCUUCACAAGCCCUGGAUCUGCGACGACCAGUCCACAUGUGACGGUGGCUGGACUUGAAGAUGCGACUGCGUUCAACAAUAACAAUGUACCCAAGCCGAGUAGCAACUUAAUGCCGACUGGGCAGCGACCCCUGAUCACGACCCCGAGCCUAAAGCAUCGGGAUCUACAGGUGGGCCCUCGGCGACGUCAUCGCAACCCGUCGUCGAUCUAUGAAAGUGUGAAGGAGCCGUACGGUUAUACGAGUGGCUUCCACAAUCUUACUGCUUUCAUCCAGCGGCGGUUCACUCCGCAAAAGACCUUGCGUAUCGCUAAAGCACUCGCUUCCAUUCGUCCCUCCUUCAUUGCAACCACCAAAACCCUGAACCGCGAUGAUCUUAUCUUCAUGGAAAAAUGCUUCCAGCGGACACUCUGGGAGUACGAAGACUUUAUCAAUGCCUGUGGCACGCCGACCAUCGUCUGCCGACGCACUGGCGAGAUCGCCGCCGUCGGUAAAGAAUUCAGCAUCCUCACCGGAUGGAAGAAGGAUGUCCUUCUAGGCAAAGAGGCGAACCUUAACGUCAACACGGGCGGAUCUGCACCACCACAGUCUGGCACCACGUCACGGGGAAGCUUCACGCCGCGUAGCUCGACGCUAGAAAAUGCCAAUAGCGGACGACCUCAGCCCGUCUUCCUAGCGGAGCUGCUAGAUGACGAAAGCGUGGUCGAGUUCUAUGAGGACUUUGCACGCCUUGCGUUUGGCGACUCCCGCGGUAGUGUCAUGACGCGAUGCAAGUUGCUCAAGUAUAAGACCAAGGAGGACAUGGAAGGUGGCUCGUCUGAUGAGCAUGGCAAGUGGAACAAUCAUUUGCGCAAGGGUGGGAUUGCCGGUGAAGCUGGCAUGAACCAGUUGGGCUUCAAGGAUGGCAAGGUCGAAUGCGCGUACUGCUGGACAGUCAAGCGAGAUGUGUUCGACAUUCCAAUGCUCAUCGUGAUGAAUUUCUUACCGUGCAUUUGA